AUGGCGAUCCAUUAUUCGCGUGGGGUGCGUUUCCACGAUAUUCGUGGCGACAAGUCAAGCCUGUCUCUCCUGGCGAUGCUCAAAGAGUCUUUGAAUCCUACUGACAAGUCUCCACGUACCUUUCCGACAUUGUUGCUAUAUGAUGAAAAGGGUCUCAAACUCUUCGAGGACAUCACAUACCUUGACGAAUAUUAUCUCACAAAUGCCGAAAUUCAGGCUCUUGAAGCACAUGCAGAUGAGAUUGUCGAACGUAUUCCUCGUGGUACUCGAUUGGUGGAACUUGGGAGCGGCAACCUUCGAAAGGUCAACAUAAUGUUGAGGGCAUUCGAAGCGGCAAAAAAGGAAGUCGAUUACUACGCUCUUGACCUCUCCCUUCCCGAACUUGAGCGGACAUUCGCUGAGUUGGACACUGAUGAUUAUCACUACGUCUCCUUCAAUGCGCUACAUGGAACAUACGAUGAUGCACUCCAGUGGCUGACUGCAUCCAAUGGCAAGGGUCAAACAACCUGCCUUCUGACCAUGGGAUCCUCACUGGGGAAUUUUGAACGAGACAGCGCGUCAAAAUUUCUUGCCGGUUUCAAAAAAGUUUUGCAUCCGUCGGAUUUGAUCCUUGUGGGACUAGAUUCAUGCCAGCAGCCCCAACGCGUGUAUCACGCUUACAAUGACUCUCAAGCCGUCACUGAGAAGUUUUACCGUAACGGCCUGACUCAUGCCAACUCUCUUCUUGGCUAUGAAGCAUUCAAGCGGGACGAGUGGCGGCCGGAGGGACGCUAUGACCAGAAAUUGGCUCGACAUCACGCUUCAUAUGUCGCUUUGACUGAUGUCGUCAACAAGGACUUUUCGUUCAAGAAGGGUGAAAGCGUCCCCUUCGAAGAUGCCUUUAAAUAUAGCUCCACCCAGUGCGAAGAAUUGUGGCGUGCAAGCGGGCUCGUACCUCAGGCAGCUUAUGGCAACAAGGAGGGAGACUAUUUCAUUCAUCUGCUCUGUCCAGCUGUCGUUGAGUUCCCCCUUGACCCCAAAGAAUAUGCGUCUGGUCCAGUUCCGGCUUUGAGCGACUGGCAACAGUUAUGGUCGGCGUGGGACAUUGUCACGAAGUCGAUGAUUCCAACAGAUGAACUACUGAAAAAACCCAUUAAACUGCGAAACGACCUGAUUUUCUACCUGGGCCAUAUCCCAACUUUUGCAGAUAUUCAUUUCACCAAGGCCACAGAUGGGAAACCUACCCAUCCGGCUUCUUUCUGGUCGAUAUUUGAGCGUGGGAUUGACCCUGAUGUGGAUGAUCCUACAUUGUGCCAUGAUCAUAGCGAGAUCCCAGACACUUGGCCACCACUUCCAGACAUUUUGAGCUACGCGGCCCGUGUGCGAUCACGAAUCACCGAAAGUCUCGUUUCUGGUCGUGCAAUCGAGGAUCGGAGGCUGGGCCGUGGCCUGUGGCUGGCUUAUGAACACGAGGCAAUGCAUCUCGAAACAUUCCUCUACAUGUUAAUCCAGAGUGAACGUAUCCUGCCACCCCCCGGCACAGGUCGACCGGAUUUCAAGGCUUUGGCCGAUCAGGCACGCGGUCGCCGAGUUGCGAAUAAAUGGCAUCAGAUUCCCGCGCAGAACAUUAAAUUGGGCUUAGACGAUGCAGAGAAUUAUGAUGGUCCCGACAGGUUCUUUGGUUGGGAUAAUGAGAAACCUUCUCGCACAGUCUCCGUGAAAGCCUUUGAGGCUCAAAGCCGACCCAUCAGCAAUGGUGAGUAUGCUCAUUUCUUAGAGGCGACUCACAAGAAUACGGUGCCUGCGUCAUGGAUUUCCGGAUAUCAGUCCACACUGUAUACAAAUGGCGUCAAUGGGUCGAGCAGCGCCACGAAUGGCUCACUCGCCGUGGCAUCUGCCAGCUACCUUGAAGACAAAGCCAUCCGGACUGUCUAUGGGCCCAUUCCAUUGAAGUACACCCUCGACUGGCCAGUGAUGGCCUCAUACGAUGAAUUAGCUGCGUAUGCGAGAUGGUCCAAUGGCCGCAUUCCUACUCUGGAGGAGGCUCGCAGCAUCUACAGCUAUGUCGAUUCCACAAAGGGAGCCCUGGAACAAAACCCCAGUAAAUUGAUCUCAGCUGUGAACGGACACCUCUCUAACAAUGGCGUCGAGGAGACACCACCACCUAACCCUUUGUCUCCAGCCACUGCCGUCAACGGCAGGGCAUCGACACUUAACCCGAACGACCUGUUCGUUCCCCUCCACUCCCACGCCGUUGCCUUCACAACAUGGCAUCCCGAGCCCGUCACAGGCAGCACUCGCCUCCGCGGCCAAAGCGACGCCGGCGGCCUGUGGGAGUGGACCAGCACCCCGCUGGCCGCACAUGAAGGCUUCAAAGCUAUGGACCUGUAUCCAGGUUACACGGCAGACUUUUUCGACGGCAAACAUAAUGUUUGUCUGGGUGGGUCUUGGGCCACGGCUCCCAGGAUCUCUGGCAGAAAGUCCUUCGUCAAUUGGUAUCAGCGGAACUACCCGUAUGUGUGGUGCACGGCAAGGCUGGUCAGAGAUGCCCAAGCCUGA